UGACCACUACAAAAUAAAAAAAUAAAUAAAAUACGCAAAAAAAAAAAACAACACUCAAACCAAAAUCAACCAACCAAACAACCCCCAACAGCCAAGCAUACAUCUCUAAUUUUUUUAUUUUGGUCUUUUCGUUGGAUUUUCCCUUUUUUCUUUUUUUUUCUCUCCUUUUUUUUCUAGUUAUCGCUCAGUUUUGAGCGAAGGUUUACAUUUUUAAAAAAUUUGCUUUCCAGCCCGCCUUGAUCUUCUAACGCGAGUUCAUCUUCUCCAAAAAAAAAUCUGGUUGGCGUUUUUCUUUGCCUUUUUUUUUUUUUUUUAAUAUUUUCAAGGGGGAGGAGAUUUUCCACAAGAAAAGGUUGUUUUCAUGUUUGGGAUUCAGGAAAGCAUCCAACGGAGUGGAAGCAGCAUGAAGGAAGAGCCGCUGGGCAGCGGCAUGAACGCGGUGCGGACGUGGAUGCAGGGCGCCGGGGUGCUGGACGCCAACACGGCGGCGCAGAGCGGGGUGGGUCUGGCCCGGGCUCACUUUGAGAAGCAGCCGCCCUCCAAUCUGAGGAAAUCCAACUUCUUCCACUUCGUCCUGGCCCUCUACGACAGACAGGGCCAGCCCGUGGAGAUCGAGAGGACAGCCUUUGUGGGGUUCGUGGAGAAGGAAAAAGAAGCCAACAGCGAAAAGACCAAUAACGGGAUUCACUACCGGCUCCAGCUCCUCUACAGCAAUGGGAUAAGGACGGAGCAGGACUUCUACGUGCGCCUCAUUGACUCCAUGACAAAACAAGCCAUAGUGUACGAAGGCCAAGACAAGAACCCAGAAAUGUGCCGAGUCUUGCUCACACACGAGAUUAUGUGCAGCCGCUGUUGUGACAAGAAAAGCUGUGGCAACCGAAAUGAGACACCCUCAGAUCCAGUGAUAAUUGACAGGUUCUUCUUGAAAUUUUUCCUCAAGUGUAACCAAAAUUGCCUAAAGAAUGCAGGAAACCCACGUGACAUGCGGAGAUUCCAGGUCGUGGUGUCUACGACAGUCAACGUCGAUGGCCAUGUCCUGGCAGUCUCUGAUAACAUGUUUGUCCAUAACAACUCAAAGCACGGGCGGAGGGCGCGGAGGCUUGACCCCUCGGAAGGUACGCCCUCUUAUCUGGAACAUGCAGCUACUCCCUGUAUCAAAGCCAUCAGCCCGAGUGAAGGAUGGACGACGGGAGGCGCAACUGUGAUCAUCAUAGGGGACAAUUUCUUUGAUGGGUUACAGGUCAUAUUCGGUACCAUGCUGGUCUGGAGUGAGUUGAUUACUCCUCAUGCCAUUCGUGUGCAGACCCCUCCUCGGCACAUCCCUGGUGUUGUGGAAGUCACAUUGUCCUACAAAUCCAAGCAGUUCUGCAAAGGGACGCCAGGCAGAUUCAUCUACACAGCGCUCAACGAACCCACCAUUGAUUAUGGUUUCCAGAGGUUACAGAAGGUCAUUCCCCGGCACCCUGGAGACCCUGAGCGUUUACCAAAGGAAGUAAUACUCAAAAGGGCUGCAGAUCUGGUGGAAGCACUGUAUGGGAUGCCACACAACAACCAGGAAAUUAUUCUGAAGAGAGCAGCUGACAUUGCAGAGGCCCUGUACAGUGUGCCCCGCAACCACAACCAGCUCCCAGCUCUCGCUAACACCUCGGUCCAUGCAGGGAUGAUGGGCGUGAAUUCCUUCAGCGGACAACUGGCUGUGAACGUCUCGGAGGCAUCACAAGCCACUAAUCAGGGUUUCACCCGCAACUCAAGCAGUGUGUCACCCCAUGGCUACGUGCCCAGCACCACCCCGCAGCAAACCAACUACAACUCAGUCACCACAAGCAUGAAUGGCUAUGGCUCUGCUGCCAUGUCCAACCUGGGCGGCUCCCCGACCUUCCUCAACGGUUCAGCUGCCAACUCGCCCUAUGCCAUUGUGCCAUCCAGCCCCACCAUGGCCUCUUCCACAAGCCUCCCUUCCAACUGCAGCAGCUCCUCGGGCAUCUUUUCCUUCUCACCAGCCAACAUGGUAUCAGCCGUGAAACAGAAGAGUGCUUUCGCGCCUGUCGUCAGACCCCAGACCUCCCCGCCUCCCACCUGCACCAGCACCAAUGGGAACAGCCUGCAAGACCAGUCUUUUGUGGACUCUAGCAAAUUCUCCCCUGCAGGGUCUCUCCCAGGACUGGCCUUCUCCUGAAAUAGGUCAUUCAACCCGUUGCCGCUGUCAGAGUGAACGUGUGCAGGGUAGAGAGCAGAGAGGGGACGAGCCGUGGCCAGAUUGGAACCGUGAGACCCAAGCAUUGGACACCGAAGGCCAAAAGUUUACUUAUUCCUGGGAAUCGGGAAUCCCAAAGCACUACUAGAAUAUUUCAGUUCAUAAUAAAAUUAUUCACUCUAUUCCCAACCAUGAAAUGUGUAAAACAACAAAAUUGCCAAGAGUUGACUUUUCAUUCAAUGAGAAAAAAAGAUACUGAUGUUUGAAAAUGAGUCCAACAUUUCAUCCAUGUUUCUUAUGUACUGUGCAUCACAUUGUGAUGUUGGCUUGAAUGCUGUCCUUUGCACCCCACAGCAGGACCUACUUUACAGAUGAGAAAACUAAGGGUAGGGAUUCUAAAUUAUUGGACUUCCUGGUGUGAGACAGAUACUUGCUUCAAACUUGGGCUUCAUCUCCCAAGCUCUUUGUUUCUCACAGAGGAUAAAAAGGACACAUCCAGGAUUCUCAAAGCAGCCAGUUGGGUAAUAAGAUCAAUACAAUAAUCAACCACCAUCUAUUGAGCACUGAACAGUGUGUCAGGUGCCAUGUUGAGCACGGAACAGGCUUUAUCUCAUUGGACCCUCACAAUUUCCUGAUGAAGUAUGAGGACUCUUAUCACCACCACGUACAGAUAAUAAAGCUGAAGCUUAGGAAGAGUAAACACCUGCCCCCAGGCAUAGCCAAUGGAUGGCAGAGGUGAAUAUAACCCAGCAGGGCCUGUGUCCUCCUGACAGUGUCUUCCUCCAGUAUCUAGCACUUCACUAAUUGAGGGCCAGGGUGGGGUCAACAGAGCAAGCACAUGUCUGGGAUUCCUCAGCCCUGCCUUCUAUGGAUAAGUACAGGCAUGUUUUUCCUAAUGUACAUAGACUCUGUGCUGGAUGUUUACUAGUGAUGCAAGUGUAUGUUGCUUCUUUCAAAGACCUAUGAGGUCAGCCCUGUCCCCAUGUGUAUAUGCGGGAGAAAUCAAGGCACACUUUGCUAAAGGUCACAGAGUUAGUAGAUUGUAGACCAAAAAUGGAACCCAAACCAUGGUAUCCAGAGCUGCAGCAUGGAAUCACUUUCUUUUCAUGCCCACAGAAGAACUACCCAAACAUUCCUUGGAAUCCUGCCAGCCAGUCUGCCAAGCACAGCCAAAGCUCCUUAAUCUAGUGCACAUUGGCUAACCCUUCUCCCCCCUCUUUUCCUUUUUUUAUUUAUUUGAUGGGGAGAGAGAGAGAGAGUGUGAGAGUGAGUGAGAGAGCAGUCCCAUUGACUUACCCAUUCCUAAAAUGCCCACAACUACUGGGAAGUCAAAGCUGGGAUCCAGGAACACAUUUGAGUCUCCCAUGUGAACAGCAGAAACUCCAUAACAUGAUUCUUGGGGUCUGCAUUAGCAGGAGAUUGGAAUAGGGAACUGGAGUUGGGGAUUUGAACCUAGGAAUGAGACGAGUGCAUCCUAACUGCUAGGCUAAUUGCCUGCUCCCACAAUCCAUCUUGCUAAAACAUAAGAGGGAAGGAAUUUGUGGAGCUACCUUGCAGGCAGUCUUAUUCAUGAUAGGAAAUACUCACUUUCCACAAAGAGGAGCCAACUUGUUCAAAUACAUCUGCCUCCUCUUCAGCUCACAGUCAUGUUUUGUCACCUUCAGGGCGCUUCUGGCUGGCAAAUUGGGAAUGCAACACCAAAGCAACCAUCGCUUCUAACGGGUGUAGACACUGGGAAAUAUGUAUGGAACAAGGAAGUGCAGCAUUCCUGAGCAGCCAGUCUGAACCCUUGAUCCACAUAGAGCUGAUGUUGGGAACGAGAUGUGCUGGGGUUUGCAGUCAAUAGCUGAAGGCUGGUACUCCAGAAGGCAGGGCCCAUCUACGGGAGAGUGACCAGCAUCGUGGCUGCCUGUGGGACAUCAGUGGGGGCCUUUCAGCAAAGCUGAAGCCUUUCCAUGCCACACGUUUCUAUCAAAUAGGAGCUGGUCCCAGCGUGCAGAACCUCCUGGGUUUUAGUAUGAACUGGUAAUGUAAGUGUGUGUGUGUUCAAUGACAGAAUAGCUUCCAGUCACACAUACAAAGUGUGUUUGUUCCCCAGGACAUUUCCAGCCCAAUUCUAAAUGUACAGAGACUGCUGUCCCUGUCUGAUCAGGAGCCGAGUCUGUCACCACCACCUUUUCUCACAUGUGGCCACACAACAUGGAGGCUUUGAGGUCUGAUCAGGGGCUUGUGGCCUCUGUGGCCCCCAAUCCCAUCCUCUCACUAUUAAGCAUUAUUAAAAGUAGAAAAAAAUGUGGCUUUUGUUUUUCAAUACUGUAAUGCACCAAACAUUCCUGCUUUUGAGCAGGUGAUGGCAGUGGAGGUAUGAGUAGAGAAGUGAAAGUUGAAGUAACUGAGACCAAUCUUAGUUUAAGCUGUCCACUCCACUGCUAGCCCCUACCCCUCACAAAUAGGACUCCUCUGCUCCCCACAUCCACCCCAGGAACUGUACCUUCCCCCACAGCACACAAUCUCCAGCAGGGCAGGGAAGACCCAGCCUGAGGAGGGUAACAUCAUUUUCUCCAGUGACUCUUGCUUAGCUCUUAAAGUCUCUCCUGAGAAAAGUGACAUUCUGGGGCCAGCGCUAUGGCGCAGCGGGUCAAGCCACCACCUGCAAUGCCAGCAUCCCACAUGGGCGCCGGUUCCAGUCCCAGCUGCUCUACUUCUGAUCUAGCUCUCUGCUAUGGCCUGGGAAAGCAGUGGAAGAUGGCCCAAGUCCUUGGGCCCCUGUGCCCAUGUGGGAGACCUGGAAGAAGCUCCUGGCUCCUGGCUUCGAAUCAGCACAGCUCUGACUGUUGCAGCCAUCUGGGGAGUGAACCAGCAGAUGGGAGACCUCUCUCUCUGUCUCUGCCUCUCCGGCUCUCCUUCUCUCUGUGUGUAACUCUGCCUUUCAAAUAAAUAAAUAAAUCUUUAAAAAAAAGUGACAUUCUGACAGUGGGCUUCUAGAAUGACUUCAUUUUUAGCUUUUUAAACUCCACUGCUACCAUGAAAAAGGGACAUGGGUGAAUUAUAGAAUGGAGGUAAAGAUCCCUGAAUGAAUUCAAUUUUCAAAAAUUGUUCUAUUUAUUUGAGAGGAAGAGAGAGAGAGGAAGGGAGAAAAAGAGAGAGACAGAGACACACACACACACAUGGAGAUUCCAUUCACUAGUUCAGUUCCUAAGUGCCUGCAGUGGCCAGGCCAUGGCUGGAUCAGGCUGAAGCCUGAGCUUGGAACUCAGUCUGGGUAUCCCAUGUAGGUGGGAAGGACCCAAGUGCUCGAGGGAUCACUUGCUGCCUCCCAGGGUGCAUAUUACCAAGAUGCUGGAAUCACAAGCAGAGCCAGGGCUCAAACCCAGGCACUGAGCUGGGAAGCAGGCAUCCCCAGUGGCAUCUUAACUACUGCCCCAAACACCCACCCUCCCCUUCUUGUGUUCCAGUAGCACCUCCCGUAUUUGGAUCUGCAGCACUCCCAAUUGUGAUCAUUAAGGCAGGGCUAGUGAUGAAGGAAGAGUUGGUUAAGCAAAUUGACCAUGUAAACAAGAUUAGAGGUGACACAUUGAGGCUGUUUAAAGGCCUAUUUACCUCCAACUGCCACUUGCUAAUUGUCCAUCACUCCACUUUUUAAAAAGCCUGUUCCUUAGAAACCUCUUCCCCAGCAGCCAUCACUUAGCCUCCUCUGGUUACUGCAUGUGUGCCUGUUCCCAAAUGAGGAACACUGCGCUGUCACACGGUGAUGGUGAGAGUGCUCAUACCACUAACAGGACAGACUGUUCCCUGCCUGGCCCCUGUGCUAUCUCAUGUAUUCCUCCCAACCACUCUUUGAUGGAGGCUGUUGAUAAAUUACCCCCAUUUUACAGAUGUGGAAACUGAUAUAGAGCUAAGAUGGCUUGUCCAUACUCACACAACUAGUAAGUAAGGAAGCCUGGUUCUCAGUCUCCAGGUGGAUUGUCAACACUGUGCUCAACCCCUUUGCCAGACUGCCACAUAUAUUCAAACCACCGGAAAAGGACCAUAUAGACCAUAAGCUCGCAAACUAAAAAGCUUUCUCCAAGGAAGACACAACACCUAAGUAAAUAAGGCAGAGCUGGCUGGAGGAAGCUGGGCAUACAGCUGGGGCAGCAGAGAGGAAGGAGGACCAGGGAGCUAGCACAACAGCACCAAGAGGUUUGCCUGUGGAUGGACCUUGUAGAAGAGUAAGGAGGACUCAGCGUGGGAACUAGCGGAGGGGUGCAGUUCCAGGAGCAGAGGCAGACAAGUCCUCCCCAACAUGUGGGACCCAGGAAGUGGCUCAGCAACCUGAACACAGCACUGAUGCCAAGAAGCACAGGGAAAAGGUUGAAAACCGCAGCCUCUACUUGGAGCCUUAAGCUCCAUUCCUUUAUAUUCUAUAAUUCACACAUCCUAUGGGGAUUCCAACUACUUUUCUCUUCCAGGUAGAUAAAUUUUGCAAAUUGACUCUACAUCUUGGACUUUUUCUUUGGACAAAGUAACUCUUGUCUCUGAACUUUUGGAGCCUUAUAAGAUAUCUUAUUAAAAAAAUAAAACUGUUGUGAUCAAAUAAGUUUAGAAAGUGGUUCUUACUGAAUCGCUGUCUUAGCUACAUGCGCACACAUUUACUAAAGGGCUGAGACAUCCUGCAGUAAAACAGACUUCAGUCCUCCCUUGUAUCCGUGGGAGACGGGCUGCAGAACCCUCCACAGAUGUCUAACCUCACAGAUCCUGAAGGCUCUUGUGUCAAAUGGUGUAGUGUUUGCAUUGAACCUGUGCACAUCCUCCUCCUCUCUCUGCUCUAGAUUACUCUGAUACGGUAAAUGCCGUGUAAACACUUGUGAUACUCUGAUGUCUAGGGGAAUAAUGACACGAAAAAGUCUUACUUGUUCAGUACAGAUGCAGCUUUUUUCCCAAAUAUUUUGGAUUCGCUGUUGGUUAAAUCUGCAGAUGCUGAAUCCAUGCUUACAGAGGGCUGACUGUGUUCCAUUUAGUUUGCUAAACUUAUUUGCUGCAGAAUUCUUUUCCACCUGUUAACAUCAAUUAACAUCUUAUGAAACAGUUUGCAAAUACAGCUUCACUUUAGAUUCAAAGAGAAAAAGGCAGAGAAACCUCCUCCCCUUCUUACCUGGAUGAGGUCACUGCUAAUUCCUGACCCCAGCCUCCCCAGAUAUGCCUGUUUCCAUAGGCCAAAGACCUCAGCUCUGUUCGGCCUUUGACCGCACAUAGCCUCUCCCUUCUCCUAAAGUUCACGUGCAUUAGAGCAUGGGUUCUAUGCCAUUCGGUCCUCAGCGGACUUAUUCAUCAAGAGAGAGGCAGCACUAAGACAGCUGUCAUGUGCUGUCGGAGUGCCUACUACAGAGCGACUCAGACUCUAGCCAUGUCCUGGAAAGUCCAGACAGCACAGACCCAAAUACAAUAGGGCCAGUGUGAUGUCACAGAAAUAGUCCACAGAUGCUGAUCAUUUUUUUUUUCCUUUCCCGUUCUGUUGAAGAUCAGGCUCUCUUAGACACCUAGAGAGCAUGGAGUCUGGUACUCAGCUCUGUGUGCUCACCUUCCUCUCCAUGUACAUUUCAGUUUGUUCAAUCUCAUCACCACCACCACCUCCUGUUCCUGAUCAGCUCACAAUUCUUACACAUACGGUAGUUUGGGGCAGACCAUACUCUUUCAGCCCAACCUCUCCCAGUUCUGAAAACUUCCCAUUUCCUCUUUGUUCUUAUCAGAACAUGGAGACAAUCAUGCAAAAUGCAUUGCUUCUCAAAUCAAUGCUUUCCUGAGUCUCUGUCCAAGAACAUGAUGGUCCAGCUGCUGGGGGAGACAGCAGAGCAGCCAUGGGCUCGUGAUGUCUGGGUGUGUUGUGAUGAGAGUGUGGUGUCCUCGUGGGAAUCUCCAUGGGCCCCACUUGGGCAAGUUAACAUGCCAGCGGCUUUUCUGGAACAUUCCAAGCCUCAGACACCCAUUCCUCUCACCCACAUAAUUAAUUUUCAGAUUGCAGCACAGAUAAAAGAAAAACAGCUUCGAACUCCUCAGAGCCUCCUGUGGGCACACAGUGAGGUUUCUUCAUAAAGAGGCUUCUUUUGCCAUGCUAUGCUGAGGAGCCACGAGUGGAGAUCGUAGCCCGGAUUUACUCAUCAAUAAGUGUCUGCACAUGGAGUUUUGGAAGUCCUAGGCGAGGUUUAGGGCUCUGUAACUUGUGAUGUUAAUAAAAUUCUGGGCCUUUUUCUGCACAGAGUUUGACAGCUUCCAUUAGAUUCUCCCACAAGUCUGUAGGCCACUGAAGGAAAAUGGGAAAGGAGGAGCCGACCACGUUCCCCCUCUAGAGAUCCUCAGAUGUGUGUGUGUGUCUUUAAUUUCUAUUAUCUGCUGACAUGGAUACCCUGGCUAUUUUGUCUUUAAAAUUCGACAACUCCAGCUGUCUUGAAAGAGGUCAGAAGUCCUGGAGGCUGUACACUGUCAUUCCUGUGUGGCGACAUUUGGUGGGCCUGACUGCUGUGCACUCUAAAGAAGAUGGUACUGGCUACAUCACCUCCAUCCCCACUCGGAGGCUUUGCUCACUCCCUUCCCAGCCAGGGCCCCUGGGGUGCUGCAGUUGGAACCCCUAGAGUCUGGGUUAAGAAGUGCUCUUAGCUACCGACUGCCACCUAAAAUAGCUUUGUUUCAGAACUUUAAAUAUGGUCCUAAGUGGCGGUUCCAUCUGACAGAUCUAGCACAUUCCUUAUAAGAUCUUAGCAGUGUUUGGGUACCUAAACAAAAAAUCUAGCCACCCAAUGGGAUGUUUUUAGGGCCCAGCUAUAAAUACUGGCCGGACCUAUUGACCAUAUUAGCAGUGUCAGCUCUCUGCUUUACUGUGAGUCAUACUGACAUUGCCUAAGCUUAUCUGGCUAUACUGUGAGGGACUUUUCUUGAAUUUUCUUGUAGAAUUCACAAGUAGACUUGCCUCUUUAGCCAUGGGCUUAAAACUGCCGCAAUCUUUAGAAAGGGUACCUGGACCCCAUUCCAGCCGGAAUAAAAAUGUCCUUGAAGAGGCAGGGCCCUGCUGAGCAGUCACACUGCAAAGACCCCUCCCCUCCCCCCUUGCCUUUUGCGUCACCACGUCUUCAAUGCUCAAGUUCAGACUUGGAUUAAAAUACAGAGCUCCUGGCUUUAGUCAGAUCUAGGGUUCAUUUGAUUCUUGGGGGGACUGCAUUUUGUUCUGAUCUCAAAUCUUUCAGGGGGUUUAAGUUGGUCUGCAUUUGGCAAAAGACAACUUCCUGUUUCUAAGAAAAAAAGGCUUAUGAGGGCUUACAAAAAGGACUCCAGGAGCUUUUGGCCUGCAAAGGGGCUCUUGCAAAACAACAUUUGGAUGAUUUACGUGUAAAUGAAUCAGAAACAUGUGGAUUGAAUUUCCUUGUGAAUACAGAUGGGUUUAAAAAUUAACGGAAAAAGUGUUUGGCAAAAUACUUUUUGGUGUUUGUUCUAAUUGAAUCUAAAACGUCAGGGCGUGUGGUGGCCUCAGGGUGCAGAGCCCCCACCUCCUGGCCUCCCUGUGUCCCCUGCAGGAUUUGUAGUAGUGGGGUUCACUUAAACAGACCCAUUCCUCUAGACAGGAUCGUUAGUAAAUGAAGAGGGCCACUUCCUAAACACAGUCAUCACUGACAAGAACAUUAAUUGAAGUUUAGGACUGCCAGUAAAAAGAAGGCAGGAAGUUUUCCCUGCUUGACAGGAUGCUGAGCCGUUGUGGUGAGUCCAAUAUGGCUGCCUCCUGAUUGUAAUGUAAGAAUCUCUCUCCCCUUGAUGUAGUUCAGAGUUGCCGCUUGCUCCACCUUCACGGUCUUAUCGAUAUCCCAGACUUCCCCACAGCCUUGUGUGAAAUGUGCCUGUUGGGUAUAAGAGAAAAGAGAGGCCCAGAGAAGUUAAACACUUAACACAAGGUCACACAGCUAGUUUAACAGCACAAGUGAUAUGCAGCUAACUCCUACCAGGAACCUAAGCAAAGGACUUCACAUAUUUGUUAUUUUAUUUAAAUUUCCAACAACCUUAAACCAAGUGAAUAACUGCAUUAUCUAGCCAAGGAGAUUGAAGUUCAAGGAUCCGAGUGGCUAUGGCCCAGGGAAAACCAGAGGUGGGAAGGCUGACCUACCUGACUCUCUUCUCUCCAUAUACCAGUAGGUUUAGCUGCCUAAGUCUGAACCCUUCAAAGAGCCGUCCUGUUUCCCAGGAUCUCACUCUAGUUUUCCUAGGCUACAAUUUUCUAGGAAGCAUAGUCAGAACAUUCCAGAAACCAGGAGCAAAGCAGCGGUGAAGACCUUCCGCAGCUUCAUGCCAACUUGUCUCCCCCUCCCGCUCUGAGCUUUCCCCCAACUCCACAUUCCCAGUGAGCAGGCCUGCCGUAGUAGCGGCUGUGUUUCCUACAGCCUGAGGGCUGAUGCGAAGGCAUUCAGAAGGCUGCCCUGUGGCUCCAUUUUUGUGCACAGCAAAGUCGUAGGUGGUGGUGUUAUUGUUGCUUUUAGAAAAUUACUGGCAAAUGGGAUGGACCAAUUUAUAUUCUGGAUGUGAAGUCAGGGCCGGGAGGUGAUGUGGGUAAGAGGGACAGAUUGAAAAUUCUCACUGUUUUGCAAAGUUUGGGGCUGUAACUUUCCCAAUGGUAUUCAAACUAUUUAACUUUCCAGUCAUGUUUUUAAAUUGCAAUCAGAUUUGGAGUGAUGCUUAGGCUAUUCUGUUCUGAUGGAGAUACAUAUGCAUGCUGAUAUACUAUAAUAUUUAAUACAGUACAUAUAUGUAUUAUAACAAAAACUUACUCCAGAGAUGAUGAGAGCACGUGUGUGGGUAAUAUUCAAUCAAUGUAGAUGUGUGUGGGUGCUUUUUAUUUUUUUUCCCCUCAGUGAGAAGUUUGAAUGCUAAGCCAUUGACUUCUGUCUUCUCUUU